CCCCCCCAGGACAUCUCGUGCCUCAACAGAGACCCCGCCAAGGUGGUGGUGGUGGACUGCCGCAAGGAAGCCUUCUGCCUGCAGCCCUACAACGGGCUGGCGCUGCGCCGCUGGGACGGCAGCUCUGACGACCGCGCGCUCUAUGACCUCGCCGCCUUCCUUAAAACCAUCGCCCUGAGCGGUGUGGAGGACGUGCGCACGGUGCUGGAGAACUACGCGCUGGAGGACGACCCGCUGGCCGCCUUCAAGCGCCGCCGCUCGCAGCUCGAGGAGGAGGAGCAGCAGCGCCUCGCAGAGCUGGCGCAGGGCAAGAAGCCGCCGGGGCUCUUCCUGGGUGCCCUCGCUGGCCGCCUCUGGCCCCGCUCCAAGCAGCAGUGACCCCCCCCACGUCAUCGCCACCCCCCCCCCGCGUGUCCCUAGCCCCCCUAUAUUGUCCCUGAUCCCCCUCAU